CUCUACAGGUUUCUUCAUUGGCAUGAAAUUGAACUCUAAUUCUGACUGGUUCCUUGAUCCUUGCAAAUAAUCAGAUGGACAUUUGAUGUGAAAUGUCAUUCACUACUUUGCUGUAACAUCAAUUCUAGGCUGAUUCUAGGUUGGCCUAGCUUCCAGCCGUUUUCUGAGUUUUUGCCUCAAGAGGAGCACUGUGACAAUCAAACAGGAAUUUCAAAAUGGUUUUAGCAGACCUUGGGAGGAAAAUAACGCAUGCAUUGCGCUCUUUGAGCAAUGCAACUCUCAUCAAUGAAGAUGUCCUGGAAUCUAUGCUCAAGGAAAUUUGUGCUGCCUUGCUGGAAGCAGAUGUGAAUGUCAGGAUGGUAGCUCAAUUACGCCAGAAUGUUCGAUCUGUCAUCAACUUUGAAGAAAUGGCAGGAGGCCUCAAUAAGAGGCGUAUUAUCCAGAGUGCAGUUUUCAAAGAACUCAUGAAGCUGGUGGAUCCAGGUGUGAAGUCAUACCAACCUUCAAAGGGUAGAGCCAGCAUCAUAAUGUUUGUUGGUCUUCAAGGCUCUGGAAAGACUACAACAUGUACUAAGCUUGCCUACUACUACCAGAAGAGAGGCUGGAAGAGUUGUCUUGUUUGUGCAGAUACAUUUCGUGCUGGUGCAUAUGACCAACUGAAGCAAAAUGCUACCAAAGCUCGUAUUCCAUUCUAUGGCAGUUACACAGAAGUUGAUCCUGUUGUGAUAGCCCAAGAAGGAGUAGAAAUGUUUAAGAAAGAGGGAUUUGAAAUCAUUAUUGUGGACACUAGUGGCCGACACAAGCAAGAAGAAUCCCUUUUUGAAGAAAUGCUUCAAGUCUCCAAUGCCAUUGUGAGUGCCUGCAUUGAAUGGUGA